AUGAACUCUCGAAAAGCGGCACGCACGAUCCCUUCGACGAUCUCGCGCCUGUUGAAAUCGCAAGCGUUCCUCAAAUCGCCCCCGGCCGCAUUCGAAGCCCUCCUAUCCCACCCACCGCCACCCUCCCUGAUCCGCACACUACCCAGUCGACCGAACGAGGACCUUCCCCUCAUACACCGCGAGCGCACGUCCCCGAAACCGUCGAGAGGCGUGAAAGCUAAACUCCCUCAGCCACACACGAAUCGCACACCCCCUCGUCGACCCAAUACGAAGAACCCUACACCGUUGCCGAUCGUCUUCCCCGAGGAUCGAAUCCGACAACAGUUCUUUUUGGAUCACCCGUUCGAGGCGUACAGGCCCAAGGAUUUGAACGAGUUGGAGACCGUCCAACGCGACGCUCCGGGACCUCAGGGCAAAGAAUGGACAGAAUUGAGGCAGAGGUCUAUCGUGCCUGGACCGGAUGAGUGAGUUACAGUACGAAUGAUGGUACUCGGCAUCAUCGCGAUUGACCAACCCUACCCUGCGAAACAACGGUCGCGUUUCCCCCCUUCCUCUUGCUCAGCGUGAUCGCCUUCACCCUCAACCUAAUCGAAGCGCAUUCGAUCCCGCUCUCCAAAGCCUACACCCACGCCCUAAGUCAAUACCGUACCCUCAAAGCCGAACACGAAAUCGCGACCUCUUCCGCGAUCGCCGAAGCGCGCGCUCACGGAGCCUAUUUCUUCGGUGAGGUCGAAAGAGGUUUGGUCAGCGAGGAGAGGGCGUUGGAUGAGUGGAAGGAUGCGAAUGAGAUUCAGGCUCAGUUGUUGGCGGGGGAGAGUACGGGAGCAAGAUCGGGUCGAGGUGGUGGACCCGUUCCUAUGACGGGUGCUUCGACUUCGAGUUCGAGUUCGACGUCGACGUCGGUCGAAGGGGGAAUGCCAUGGGGUGAUGCGACGAGGUCGAAUCGGGUCGAGGAAGAGCCGACUCGGACGUACGAGUUGACGGGUGGAGAGAGGUAUUUGGAGAGGUUCGAAGGGAGGUUCUUGAAUCAGGCCAAUUUGGCGGCCCAGGAGAGGGCUCAGCAGAGGAGGGACUCGACAGCUUGA